UGAGACUCAAGCUGUGGGCGAAAAGUAAACUGUAAAAAGUGAAAGCAGUGACCUGAAAACAACCAAUUUAGUCUUAUGAACAGAAGCAGGACCAGAAGAAGGACUGGUGCAUAACCAAAGAAACAGUUCCAAUGCCUCCCAAAAGUGGAAAAAAAAAAUCUCAUAGCGCCAAUCCAGGCAAAAGGAAAACGUCAUCCAAAAAGCGCUCUUUGAGUGGCAAAUCUCCAAAGCCAGAGGUGGAUAUCCUUGGCCCUGUUGCCAUGGAGAAUCUGUAUUACAUCUCCCACAAUGCUGCUGACUGCUUGGCAUUCCGGGGGUUUGGGUGGUCUGGUUCACCUAAGAAGAAGGGAAAGAAAGGCUGAUGCUAAUAAAAUUGCCAAAUAAUCACAGAAGUGCCCAACAUACAGAAGAGUAAAGAUAAGGUAUUCUAACUGUACAUAACUGUCUGAAAAUAGCAUCUAUCAUUUUUUCCCCCUGUAAUUCACAAGGCAUACAUUUCUGUGGUAGUGGCACAAUAGCUCCUCACUAUCUGUUCCAGAACUGCUUGAACACAUCGGAGAAUCACAUGAUCACAUGCAACUGGAAGUUCCAGAGGCAGCUGUUGAGAUGGAGUUUGUUGGAACUAGCCUAUAUACUUCAGCCACCUUUGCAUAUUACAAGAAAUGUGUCACCUAAGUCACAUAUUAGAUUUUCUUGUGAUUCAAGCAACUAGGAAUCAGAGCCACUAGAGUAAUGUGUUUAUAUCAAGUCAGAAAAUGUAUUUCUUUACCAAGGAAAUCCAUUGCAUUUGAAUGGUAUAAUGUAGCCUGAAACGUGUGGAUUGUAUAUUCCAGUAUCAUGUAGUCCAUUUCAAUUCCUUUUUAACAUCAGUUCCCAAUUCCAAUACCCACUCCUUUUUAAUCAAUUCCAAUUCAAAGGAGGGACUUGGAAUUAGAAUUGAUUUUAAAAAGGAAGUGGAAAUGGAACUGGAAUUGAAAAACAAACCGAAUAUACCCUGACCCUGGUAAUAUCAUUGUUAACCACAAUUUCAAUAAUUAAAAUGCAGUUUCGAUCAUUUGAAGGUCAGUUUACUUCGUGUCCAUUUUUAAAUGUGAGAGCCAUCUUAAAUAAUGUAAUAAUAUUCUUUAAAGAUAGAGCACACAUAGUCAUAAUUUGUGUUUAAAAACUAGCAAAACUGACAAGUGGUCCUACAUGUGGCAAAAACAACAAGUGUAGAAAUCAUGUGUAAAUACUGUAUGCCCUUUUAUGGGUCCAAAUUGUGUAACUGGAUAUAUAUUUUUAGACUUUUAAUAAAGACUUCUGGUACAAUUA